GUACUCCGUCACAUCCUCUGUCCAUAUAUGGGCAUGAAGUUUACACGCAGCGGGGAAUCCUCUCACUGGAGCUGAUGAAUGGGGAGGAGGGCCGAGGGAGCUGCCAAAGUGUAUAUAAGGAGAGAGAGGGGAAGUCGCUGAUGUGAAAUCCACAGCAAGCAAAUAUCUACCGAGGAGCAGAGACGAAAAGGAAUACCUUUAAUUGCCUUUUUUGUACACCUUUUGACCACUUUGGAUCAUUUGUUGAAAACCAUCAAAAGGGGGGAGUUGAAAGAAAAAACAAGUCAUCUGCAUAAUUUGUUUUUUUUUACAUUUCCCCCUGUUACCUUUUUCCCUGGAAGAGACGGACUUCUAAGUGCAUCAUUAUGUUGAACAAUAUGGAUUUGAAUGCGAAAGAUUCUUUUUACCCUCAGUUUGAGAAUUGCAACAGUUCUUCCCUGGGAAUGGAAAACAGCGUGCGGAAAGAUAAUCAGGAGGUAUACGUCGAUGCAGAGCGGGGGGUACCUGCCCAGUUUGGCCACGAAGGAACCCCUGCAACUCUCAAAACCGAAGCUUCCAACUCGGAAUUUGCGUUUAACCCCUGCGAGUGCCCAAAAGACACCUACACCCCCUCCUCGCUCGCCUACUCUGGCAGUUUCUAUGUUGAGGCAUCUCAGGGAGCGCCGUGCAGCACCGAAACACUCCUCAAUAUGAUCACUGAGAUCGUGGGUAUAUCUACAUUGCCACUUUCAGAAGUGCAACAGAGCGGUAGCAGUCGGGGAACUUAUCCAUCGCCUGCGCCGAUGGACACCACCAAUGGGAAUUUUGGAGACCCCGGCGUCAAAAGACAAUCCUUCACCUGCUCCGGACCUACUCCUCCUGUAUAUUCUCCAGACCAGACGUGCCCGAGGUAUGCUGAUGAUCAGGCCCAGACCAGUCAGGCCCAAGACCCGUCCACUUCCCAGCUCAGCUUCGGCUCUUCCCGAGCUCCCAACCAGAAGAAGGCUGAACCAAAGUCAGAGGCCGCAUCUUUCCCUGUGGUGGUCAAGAAUGAGUUUGAGAGCAGCUGCUACGAGUGGGGGACAUUUAAUAAAUCUGACUGUUUGGAAACGAGCUUCCAGACAGAAACCUUCCCGAUGUCAAAUGAUUUCCCCCCUGACCAGCAAAUGGAUGUAAAGGAACUUUUAGAUACGUUCCCCCCAAUUUGUCCCAACCCAGAGAUGGAGUUUAAAGUGGAGGGAGGUAUCAAACAGGAACCGUGUUUCUCUGACACCUGCUCUCAAAGCUACUCCAGCCCCCUGUACAGCAAUUACCUCCCACCGCCGAUGGGCCUCUCCUCUAACCUGAAACCAUUCCCCGAACCUCCACAGCCAUCUAAUCAAUGUGAUUCCUUAUACACAUCACCAGCUUUACCGAGCACCAUAGACUCCAUCCUGUAUUCUUCCUUGUUGCCAGAUUCUUUUGCCCAAAGUUACACCACCCGUGCGACGAAGCCCCCCAGGGCCAGAAAGAGCCCCGCCGCCUCUCAUGGCCCAGCCAAAGAGAAACCCUUCACCUGCCCCAUGGAGAGCUGCGACCGGCGCUUCUCUCGCUCGGAUGAGCUCAACCGGCACAUCCGCAUCCACACAGGCCACAAACCUUUCCAGUGCCGCAUCUGUUUGCGCAGUUUCAGCCGUAGCGAUCACCUUACCACCCACACCAGGACUCACACCGGGGAGAAGCCGUUUUCCUGCGACGUCUGCGGCAAACGGUUCGCCCGGAGCGACGAGAGGAAACGGCACGGACGCGUACACCUGAAACAGAAGGAGAAAAUGGAAAUAAAGCCACAGGUGACCCCCAGCGCAUGGCCAUUCACUCUUCCCGAGGGGAUUUGAAGUGUGAGAACGCCCCACAAAGCUAUGUGUCCACGCAUACACAAUAUUAGGAUCUUUCCGUCUUGGAAGAUAAGCCAGCUGACUACAAGUUGAUGCCUGAGUUGGUUUGACUGACAAGCCAAUCUCUGACAUAAGAGG